AUCUAACAAUUUCCCACGCUCCGCCGAACGACGACAACCCUUGGGCCCCAUCUCUCAUCACCAGGGCCGCUAUACCACGUAAUACCCACCACAGCCUCUCCUUCGCGAAUCCGAACGGAGCCAACGCCUCAACGACGCCGACCGAACCGGCCAGCCUCGCAACUUUCCGUCCAUCAACGGGCCUUGAGGAGUUUGGGGGGAUUUGAGAAAGCGGGACAUAUACAGCCAUUAUAGAAGAUGGAUCACACCCGAGACCCAUGUCCGUGGGUGGCACUCAAUGAUUUCGGCGGUGCCUUUUCCAUGGGAGCCAUCGGAGGCGCUGUGUGGCACGGUGUCAAGGGCUUCAGGAACUCGCCGUAUGGUGAGCGUAGGAUUGGUGCGCUCACGGCUAUCAAGGCGCGAGCGCCUGUGCUGGGUGGAAACUUCGGUGUCUGGGGUGGCUUGUUCUCGACUUUCGACUGCGCGGUGAAGGGGAUUCGCAAGAAGGAGGAUCCGUAUAAUGCUAUUAUUGCUGGAUUUUUCACGGGUGGAGCGUUGGCUGUCAGAGGCGGCAUGAAGGCGGCGAGGAACUCGGCGAUAGGAUGUGCCUGCCUGCUCGCGGUUAUCGAGGGUGUCGGAAUCGGAUUCCAGAGGAUGAUGGCGGAGAACACGAGAUUAGAUUUGCCACCACCACCUCCUCCUCCUUCCGACAGCAAGGCUAUGCCAGCCCUGGCUUAAGCUUUCUUCCGAUACGCUUCGAACGCGUACCGCCUCUCAACUCUUCUAUAUCCUCGCCAACAGUGGCAAGGAUUGUUGCAUAUCUGCGAGAUACUGGACUGGGAACUUUUUUUAAAACGUGUUUGUUUGCAUAGGUGGUGGGAACGGUGUAUUAUAUAUAUGUGUAGAAGGAUACUUGUGCUAAAAAGAUAAUGAAAUCAGAUUCGAAAC